AUGGCCAAAGCAACCUCUCGUUCCCGGCCCUCGGCGCCAUCAACUCACAAGCCUUCCAAGGCGCUCCUCAUGUCCAAACCCCCUGGCAGGUCCAGAGAAUGGUCCGCAACACGCAGAGCCGCCGAAGAUUCGCUUUCGAUACAGAUCCAAUAUACCCUCAACGCGCUCAUCGCUCUUCUCGUCAUGCACACCCUCUCUUCUCCCUCUUCCCUCUCGCUCGCACAUCUCUCGUCACAUUUGCAUCUACCCCAUUCGCUUCACUCGAUCAUUCCAUCUUGGCUCCGUCUGCCUUCGCUCGCGCCUUUUGCAUCCGACCUUCCCAAUGCAUCGCAAAGGGGCGCUCACCAUCCUUGGUCCGGUCUCGUUGGCGAAGCGGCCAGCCUCGGUCCCUUCCGUAGCGACGCACGUGGAUUUGGCCACCCACUCACAGCACUUCACAACUUUACACGUGCCUGCCUUGGCCUCUCGUAUCCUGUGCCCGAUCCUACCUCGUCACCCAUCGCCGCCUUCCAACAUCACGUCCAUCGUCUCGCUCGAGACCACACGCUCACCGCCACCGCUCCUUGGGCUCUCCUCUCGGGCAUUCCCGGUCACCUCUACGAGCGCGGACGCAACGAUGCUCUCUUUGUCGCCACACUCGUCCUCCUCUUCACUCUGGCUCGCGCGCUUCUCAUGAAGUUUGUCCUCCUCCCACUCGGCGAGCUCGCGGUUCCUUAUCCCAAGAAGCCACGCAAGUCGGAUCGCCAAUCCGCCGAUGCGCUCAACGACCGAGCCAAAGCGCUCCGCACUCGCGAAAAGGAGGUGCUACGUUUUGCAGAACAAGGUUUCAGCCUCAUCUACUACACCUCUUCCUGGAGUCUCGGUCUUGUCAUCGCAUCUCGCGAAUCCUACUGGCCUCUCAAGACGACCGAGUACUGGACCGACUAUCCGCAGUUCCGGCUCGAACCCCUGUUCAAGUUCUACUACCUCGCUUCGUGCGCAUUCUACAUCCAGCAGCUCUUUGUGCUUCACGUCGAAGCGCGCCGUUCCGAUCACUGGCAGAUGUUUUCGCACCACGUCAUCACAAUUGCCCUCAUCGCCGGCUCGUACCUUUGCAGUUAUCACCGCGUCGGAAACGCCAUCCUCUGUCUCAUGGAUCCCAGCGACAUUGCGCUCAACAUUGCCAAGAUGCUCAAGUACGCUGGCUGGCAAACUACCUGCGAUAUCGCAUUUGGCCUCUUUAUGCUUUCCUGGCUCGUAACCCGACAUAUCCUCUACAUGCGCGUGCUCUGGAGUUGCGCCUUUGACCCUAUCUCGGUCAUGUCUUUCCGUCCGACGAACCAUCUGACGGGCGACUACUUUAACAGAACCGCGUACCUCUUGCUGAUCGGCUUGCUGUGCGCGUUGCAGGUAAUUCUGCUCAUGUGGUUCUACAUGAUCUGCCGCGUGGCAUAUAGAGUGGUGACCAAGGCGGGCGCCGUAGACUCGAGGAGCGAUGCAGAGAGCAGUUAUGAAGAUGACGAUCUGCAAAGCGUCGAGGCUGCCCAACUGAUGGCCAAGACGUCUGCGAUAGAAAAAACUUGCAACCCAACCGCGAGUAAGAGGUCCAAGCGCAAGUAA